AUGUAUGCUCACAACAUUGCCGUCGCGGGUAAGCGCGAAGGUUUAUCAUCCAUCAUGGAUGUUACCGAGAAAGGAGAGUUUGGCGUGAGCACCGCCAGGAAAGGCGAUGAAGAGUUGAUGAACGCAGACGAGACGCGACUCGCUGAGAUGGGAUUAGGCUUGGGCAUUGUGACGGAGAUCAAUGCCGGCGGACCAGGAGCCAUCAUCUAUGGCUUUAUCCUUGUUACAAUAUUGCAGUGCUUUCUCGGUGCUUCUUUGGCAGAAUUCGUCUCCAGCUAUCCUACUGAAGGCGGCAUGUACCAUUGGAUAGCUGCUGUUGCGCCCAAAAAGCAGUCCGCUUUUCUCAGCUUUCUCACUGGAUGGUUUACUGUUUGUGGCUCAUCUACGAACUUGAUCUAUGCGCAGACACUGGGAGCACUGAUCGCCCUUUACCACCAGGACAUGACAGUCAAAACUUGGGAGAUUUUCGUGAUCUAUCAAGGUCUAAAUCUUCUCACAGCCUCGGUUGUGCUCUUUGGUAACAAGAUCAUCCCAGGCCUAAACAGAUUCUCCCUCUUCUACCUCCAGAUUGGUUGGCUAGUUGUCCUUGUCACCGUCGUGGCCUGCGCACCAACGCACCAGAGCCCCGAAUUCGUAUUUCGCACCUGGAUUAACAAUACUGGCUGGGAGAACAAUGUCGUAGCCUUUGCUCCGUCGCGCAAUGCACCCCUUGCCAUUGCUAUUACACUCUCGAUCGCCUUCUUCACCGGCCUGACAUACUUGAUUGGGCUGAUGUUCAGCGUUCAGGACUAUAGCGCGCUCGGGACAACAAACACUGGCCUUCCCCUCGCAGAGCUAUUCCGCCAAGCUACACAGUCAGCGGGAGGCGCCUUCGGCCUCACCUUUAUCCUCUUCAUUGCAUUGGGCCCAUGUGUCAUUUCAUCUCAGCUCUCGAGCUCGCGCGUGCUGUGGGCCUUUGCACGUGACGGGGCCAUGCCGUGGUCCUCGACAUGGGCACGCGUGAGCUCGCGAUACGGCAUACCAUUUAAUGCACAGUUGCUCGUAACGGCUGCAAACGCAGCACUGGGUUGCAUUUACCUCGGCAGCUCUACAGCGUUCAAUGCCAUGCUUGGCUCUGCCGUUACCAUCAACAACAUCGCAUACUAUAUCCCAAUUCUUACCAAUAUGCUUACCGGACGACGCAAUAUGUACAAGGGUGCUUUCUACAUGGGUAAAUGGGGUUGGCUAGUUAAUGGUGUAACCAUUUGCUGGCUCACUUUUGCUAUAGUCUUUUUCAGCUUUCCUUACGCCAAGCCUGUCACAGUUCAAGGAAUGAACUAUACUUGCGUUGUCGUUGGAUCUUUGCCAAUUUUGAUCAUCGGGUGGUGGUUUUGGGCUGGAACGUUCUACAGGGAAAAGAUCGCUGCUGCGAAGCAGGAAUGA